GGGGACGUGACACCGUGGGAGCAGCAGCAGUCAGUGUCCUCCUGUCCCUCGGACACAGCGCAGCCGCCGGAGGAGGAGAGGGAUUCAGACCGAGAGAGAGAGGAGAGCGGAUCGUGCAGGAUGAACUUUGCCGCUCAGUUUUUCUACUCGAGCUACCUGAGCGAGCGACUUGAGCGGCUGCAUUCACCCCAUCUAGCGAUUAAAGACAGCGAGGAGAAUGACCCCUUCUGGCAGAGAGAUGAGCUGCGUCUGGGCCCCAGUCCGCCGGGCGGCUCUUACAAGGGCCCCAUCAGCAACGGCUCCGUGGGCCGCCGACCCACCCUCAUCGAGCCGGAGCGGCUGAAGGACUUCGGGGAGGAGGAGCUCCUCAACGGGGACGUGAGGGUGUGGGAGGCGACGGUGGUGUGUCCCCCCGAGGUCCAGCUCUUGGACCCCCCCAAGACCAGGAGGGUCAGCGAGUUCACGGCCCCGGUCAAGCCUCCUCCCCCGCAGUACCUCCGCUUCGAGGACAUCAGCGCCGCGGCCUUCAAGAUCCAGUCUGGGAUCCAGAGGACGCCGUGCACGUACUCCAGACUGUCCAAACAGUACGGGAUGGAGAUCUACCUGAAGAAGGAGCACCUCAACUACACGGGCUCUGUGAAGGAGAGAGGAGUGCUCUACCUGCUGACAUCACUCACACAGGGGCAGCAGAAGAAGGGCGUGAUCGUUGCCACCGACUGUAACUUCUCCAUGGCCGUGGCCCACCAUGCAGUGGAGCUGAAGAUCCCCGUGUUUGUCAUCAUGCCGUCCUCCUGCUCCGCGCCCCGCCUCAGGAACUACAGGGACUACGGCGCCAUGGUCAUCUCGUACGGAAGCACGGCCCAGGACUCCCAGAACCACGCCCGCCAUCUGGCCAGGGAGAAUGGAUACCUCUACCUGGAGGAAGAUGAAAGUGCAGCGUACCUCGCAGGCCUGGGCACCGUGGGCAUGGAGAUCUUUGAGCAGGUGCCCAAGCUGGACGCAGUGGUGGUGCCGGCCGGUGGGCAGUACGGUCUUCUGGCUGGCACGGCGGCGGCCAUCAAACACCUCAAUUCACGCAUUCUUGUUAUAGGAGUUGAACCUGAAGAUUUCCCUCUGCUGCUACAAUCCCUGAAAACAGACUGUCCAGUCAAAGACAUGGCCAGCAUCCCCAAUAAGAAACUCUAUGGAGAUCUUGUGGAGCAUUCGCUGGGCGUCAACACUUUCCAGCUGGCAAAGAAACUAGUAGACAAAGUCAUCUCUGUCAGGGAGGAGGACUCUCUGGUGGCGAUGCUGCGCUUCCAGGAGUUUGAGCGCUCCACCGUGGACACAGAGGGAGCCAUGGGACUGGCCGCCAUCCUGGCCGGACAGCUACCAGAGCUCAAGGGCAAAAAGGUGGCGGUGGUGGUGAGCAGCGCCAACAUGGAGCUGGAGCUGGUGAGGCAGUGCGUGGAGCGAGCGCUGGUGCUGGACGAGCGGGUCAGCAAGUUCUCGGUGCAGCUGGGCGACGGGCCGGGAGACAUGGCCAAGCUGCUGGACUUCCUGUCCAGAGAGGACGUCAGAUUGUUGGACGUCUGCCAUCGGAGACACAACGACAAGUCAGAGCUCUUCAAGACCAAGGUGGAGUGUGUGGUGGAAACCAGGGAUAAGGCACAGAGCAUUCAGCUGCGCAAGACGCUGUGCGAGCGCUACCCCUCUCUACGCUGGCUGGACCGGUGAUGCGGACUGGCACACACCAAACACCAAAAAAAAAAAAAAACAAGAUUUGCGACACAAAUCAAAAACCGUAACGACAUGCAGUAUUCUUAAAACGUGUGAAACAGAUUCCUG